AUGAAAUCUGCAAAUUGGCUUUCCCGAAAGCGUAAGGGACUGCUAAUUUCUCUGCAUACAGUCACAACUGCAAGAAACGACGCUAUUUCUCCGUUUCCGGUGAGGCCAGUUCAGGCGAACGAAAUGAAGGGACCACUUACAUGCGAUUAUAGGUGGCGCCUCCGAAACCCAGCUGCACGAGAAGCAGCUUCGAGCAGUGGUAAAAUCUUCUCCAGUUCUCCAGAAUCGCGUCAUCGAGAUUGCUGUUGCCAAGGCCGGUUGCUAUUCAUCGCCUCACCUCCGGCACUAGCCUCUGUUGGGAUUGCAACCAAAGCAACUUCAGUAAAUUUUGAAGAAAAACUAUGUUGCUUGGGGGCUUAUAGCCAAGUUUCGUCACAAUGA